AUGGCACUCCAUAGAAAUGGAAAUGAAGUGAUCCUCGGCACAGACAAAGGAGAAGUGCAUAUAUGGGACACGAGAAACUCAAAAGUAAGGACAGUAGCCACUGAGAUCAAUGGUGGCCCAAUCCACAGCCUGGCUUUUAAUCUGGAAUGUACAUCACUCGCUGCAGUCAACUCGGCUGGUCAGCUUAUUACAUGGUCUUUACCGUGUAGUGUUGCUUCGGAACUGCAUGGAAAGCAAGUUACAAAGGUGCAUUCAUCCUACGGACUAAAGGUUCGGUUCUCUCCCGAUAGCACAUUGCUGGCUACAUGCGGGGCGGACGGAAAGUUUUGCUUGCUCAAAACGGCUGAUUAUAGCGUCACGCUGAGCCAGGAUGGGACAAAAAAUUCUGGCAGACUUGCAUGGGUGUGGGAUUGCGCAUUCUCCGCGGACUCAAGAUUCUUGAUCACAGCGACUUCCGACGGAAUCGCGAGAUUAUGGAACCUCGAAACUGGUGACAAUCUUGUGGAGUAUAAAGGACAUAGAAGUGCCAUAACUUGUUUAGCAUUCAGAGAU